AUGGAAUCAAAAAGAAGUGUACCUCCCAGACACCAUUCUCUCAGCUACAAUGAAAUCAUGUUUGCUGCUCUCUUCGCUGUAUUGGUGGUGGUCUGUGCUGGAUUAAUGGUGGUGUCCUGGCUGGCAAUCAAAGAAUCAGAAAGCGAUUCAGUCCUUGAAACAAGUCACGAAGCCAGAGGGACAUUUAAAAUAACAUCCGGAGCUACAUAUAAUCCUAAUUUGCAAGACAAACUCUCAGAGGAUUUCAAAAUUCUUGCUUUUGACCUUCAGCAAAUGAUAGAUGAGAUCUUUCAAUCAAGCAAUCUGAAGAGUGAAUAUAAAAACUCAAAAGUUUUACAAUUUGAAAAUGGCAGCGUUAUAGUCAUAUUUGAACUUUUCUUUGCCCAGUGGGUGUCAAAUGAAAAUGUGAAAGAGGAACUGACUCAAGGCAUUGAAGCAAAUAAAUCCAGCCAACUGGUCACUUUCCAAAUUGAUUUGAACAGCAUUGAUAUCACAGACAAGCUAACUACCAGCAGGCCUUCGACGACUCCAGGAAAUGACUCUGUAGAAUGUCUGCCUGGUUCGAGGCCUUGUGCUGAUGCUCUAAUGUGUAUAGCAGUUGAUUUAUUUUGUGAUGGAGAGUUAAACUGUCCAGAUGGUUCCGAUGAAGACAAUAAAACUUGUGCCACAGCUUGUGAUGGAAGAUUUUUGUUGACUGAAUCUUCUGGGUCUUUCCAGGCUGCCUAUUAUCCAAAGCUUUCUGCAUCAACUGUUGUCUGCCGGUGGAUCAUACGUGUGAACAAUGGACUUUCUAUUAAACUGAGCUUCGAUUCCUUUAACACAUAUUAUACAGAUGUCUUAAAUAUUUAUGAAGGUGUAGGAUCAAACAAGAUUUUAAGAGCUUCUCUUUGUGAAACUAAUCCUGGCACAAUUAGGAUUUUUUCCAACCAAGUUACUGCCACUUUCCUUAUAGAAUCAGAUGAAAAUGAUUAUAUUGGAUUUAAUGCAACAUAUACUGCAUUUAACAGCAGUGAGCUUAAUAAUUAUGAGAAAAUCAACUGUAAUUUUGAGGAUGGCUUUUGUUUCUGGGUCCAGGAUCUAAAUGAUGAUAACGAGUGGGAAAGAGUUCAGGGAAGCACCUAUCCCCCUUUUACUGGACCAAAUGUCGACCACACUUUUGGCAAUGUUUCAGGAUUUUACAUUUCUACGCCAACUGGACCAGGAGGGAGAAAAGAAAGAGUAGGACUUUUAAGCUUACCUUUAGAUCCCACUGUGGAACCAGUCUGCCUUAGUUUCUGGUAUUAUAUGUAUGGUGAAAAUGUCUAUAAAUUAAACAUUAAUGUCAGCAGUGACCAAAACAUGGAGAAGACAGUUUUCCAAAAGGAAGGAAACUAUGGAGAUAAUUGGAAUUAUGGACAAGUAACAUUAAAUGAAACAGUUGAAUAUAAGGUUGCUUUUCAUGCUUUUAAAAACCCAUUGCUGAGUGAUAUAGCGUUGGAUGACAUUAGUCUAACAUAUGGGAUUUGUAAUGUGAGUCUUUAUCCAGAACCAACUUUGGUCCCAACUCCUCCACCGGAACUUCCUACGGACUGUGGAGGACCUUUUGAACUAUGGGAGCCAAAUACAACAUUCAGUUCUACGAACUUUCCAGACAGCUACCCUAAUCAGGCUUUCUGUGCUUGGAAUUUAAAUGCACAAGAGGGAAAGAACAUACAACUUCAUUUUCAAGAAUUUGACUUAGAAAAUAUUUUUGAUGUAGUCGAAAUCAGAGACGGUGGAGAAGAUGAUUCCUUGCUCUUAGCUGUGUACACAGGGCCUGGUCCAGUACCGGAUGUGUUCUCUACCUCCAAUAGAAUGACUGUGCUUCUCAUCACUGAUGAGACAUUGGCAAAAGCGGGGUUUAAAGCAAACUUCACUACUGGCUAUUACUUGGGGAUUCCAGAGCCCUGCAAGGAAGACAAUUUUCAGUGUGAAAAUGGAGAGUGUAUCCCGCUGGAGAAUCUCUGUGACAGCCACCCACACUGUGAGGACGCCUCAGACGAAGCACAUUGUGUGCGUCUUUUCAAUGGCACAAAGAACAACAAUGGUUUGGUGCAGUUCAGGAUCCAGAACCUAUGGCAUGUAGCUUGUGCUGAGAACUGGACCACCCAGAUUUCAAAUGAGGUUUGUCAACUUCUGGGACUAGGGAGUGGAAACUCAUCAGAGCCAAUCGUCUCUACUGGAGGUGGACCAUUUGUAAAAUUAAACACAGCACCUAAUGGCAGCUUAAUACUAACACCCAGUCAACAGUGUUCACAGGAUUUGCUGAUUCUGUUACAAUGUAACCAUAAAUCAUGUGGACAAAAACUGGUGACUCAAGAAGUCAGCCCAAAGAUCGUUGGAGGAACUAAUGCCAAAGAAGGGGCCUGGCCCUGGCUCGUUGCUCUGUAUUAUAAUGGCCAACUGAUCUGUGGCGCAUCUCUCGUCAGCAGUGACUGGCUGGUGUCUGCUGCACACUGCGUGUAUGGGAGAAAUUUAGAGCUAUCUAAGUGGACAGCAAUCCUAGGCCUGUAUAAGACAUCGAAUCUGACUUCUCCUCAAAUAGUGACUCGGUUGAUAGAUCAAAUUGUCAUAAAUCCACAUUACAAUAGACGAAGAAAGGACAAUGACAUUGCCAUGAUGCAUCUUGAAUUGAAAGUGAAUUACACAGAUUAUAUACAACCUAUUUGUUUACCAGAAGAAAAUCAAGUUUUUCCUCCAGGAAAGAGUUGUUCUAUUGCUGGCUGGGGGACAGUUGAAUAUCAAGGUCCUACUGCAGACAUUCUGCAAGAAGCUGAUGUUCCUCUUCUGUCUAAUGAGAAAUGUCAACAACAGAUGCCAGAAUAUAAUAUUACUGAAAAUAUGAUAUGUGCAGGCUACGGAGAAGGAGGAAUAGAUACUUGUCAGGGGGAUUCAGGAGGACCCCUAAUGUGCCAAGAAGACAACAGGUGGUUCCUUGUUGGUGUGACCUCAUUCGGAUACCAGUGUGCACUGCCUAAUCGCCCAGGGGUGUAUGCCCGGGUCCCAAGGUUCACAGAAUGGAUUCAGAGUUUUCUACAUUAG